CACAUUACUUCUUGCUGAUUUCUUUUCUUUGAAAUGCUUUGCCUCUGCCUUUGCUUUCGUCCUUUUCUGCCUUUUUCUUUGCACUGUAUUAAUCAAGGGUUUAAUUAAUGCGCCGCCUCUGCUUAUUCUUUCAGAUCAGUUUCUAAUUUUACAUCCUAAUGAAAACCCCCUUUUCCUCUCUUAUUUAACUCUCUUUUGUUUUUGGACUGGAUGAAUUUUGAGCCUCCAUAGCAAAUCUAGUUCUUUAUACUGUUAAUGAUCGAGGAUCGCAAGCUGAACCUUUAAUUAUGGUUAUGCAGUAUGUGGGAGUGUGAUUAUUAAGAAGAAGCUCCCUUGAUUAAUAAUGGCUGGUUUUAUAAUGCUUUUCCCCAAGAUGGUAAAGGCAGUAGUUUCCUUCAACGUGAAUAUCUUCUGGAAAGCAGUACUUUGGACUGUUGCUAUUGCAUCUCUUCCUGUACGAGUGUUGACUGCCUUGCAGAGGGAAAGGAUGCUGGAACAGCAUCUACAUGAGAUUCAGUUUGAGUUGGAGACUCUUGUUUGGGACAGGAAGGAGCUUGAGGACCAUCUCCAAGCAGCUGUUAGAGAAAGCAGAAUUAUGGAGUCAAUGUUAAUUGAACUUGAAGGGGAACAUGACAAGGCUAUUGCCAGGAUUGAACUAUUAGAGGGUGAGUUGCAGGAUUUAAAGGAUGAAAACCUUCGGCUGAAAGAAGUUCAAGGUAAAGCGGCAAGCAGUUAUAGAGGUCAUGAUGCGACAAAUAAAGACAAAAGUCUGAAUACCGUUGAUGAUAAUCAUGUCGUUCCCUACAGUAUUGCAUCAUGGGUUUCCAAUUAUAAGGGGAGUGGCAUCUCCUUCCAGGAGCUGAUGGUGAACAGAGAAGUAUGGGAAGGUAAGAGCAAGAGUACUACUGAAAUGAUCAAUUUCUUAAAAGCAGGCCCUGCACCAAGCGGAUCCGUGGAAGUAUUUUCACCCGGUGUUCAAAAUUUGGAAGUUGACACUGUUAUCGAACAACGAAAAGAGGUUGCACUUUCACAGACACUUUUUAGUGCAAUAUUAUCACUCUUGGUUGGAAUGAUUGUCUGGGAAGCUGAAGAUCCUUGCAUGCCUCUUGUGGUGGCUCUCUUUACUGUUGUUGGCAUGUCACUUCAAAGUGUGGUUCAGUUUUUCUUCAGUAUAAAGAACAAACCUGCUUCUGAUGCAGUUGCCCUAUUGAGUUUCAAUUGGUUCAUAGUUGGGACACUCAGUUAUCCAGCACUGCCAAAGGUUACCCGUAUGCUGGCACCACUGACCUUGAGCCUCGUGGACAGAAUAGCAAGCUGGCUUGGUAUCUCAUUCAACUAGCUUUUAUAUCCCAUGGAGUACCCAUUGAGAUGCAUAUAUGUGUGUUUUCCAUAGAUUGUAAGGUAAAGGUUUUUAUCAUAUUUUCUUUCUUGUUUCUGUUUUUUGUUCCGGAUUUGACCUCAACAUUUCGACAAGUUUGUAUUACCAUGUAAACUUGUAUGAAUAUGUCAUGGUGGACAGGGCAGAGUUGUAUAAGGAAAA